CUCGUUCGAUAACAUAUACAAUGACUUUUUAGUUAUUUAUUCUUAAAAGACAAGAAAAUUGCUAAUUUAUUCGGAGCUUCCAUCUCAUCUUUAUAGCGUUGCAUCAAUAAUGGUGGAAGUGUCGGCUAGAGCGUAAUAUUUUAAGCCAAUAAUUUAUACAAAAAACUUAUAUAUUUAUACGAAAGCCUUAUUUACACUUAGCCACAAAAACAAAACAAAACAAGACGUUAUGGCCAAAAUGAACAUAGCAACUUCUUGGACAAUCGUCAGCUGCAUAUCGAUGCUUUUAUGCUUUAAUAAUAUGGGAAUCUUCGCACAGGAAUUCAGUCUGGACAAGCUGGACUUGCCACACCAACUGCCUGUGCCUGUUCCUGAAGAAUUGCUAAAGACCAACUUUAGUCUGAACGAUGUCAAGGAUUUGUUUCGCAAUAAAUGCAUAGAGGUCUCGGGCGAGAAGGUUGGAGCUGAGGCAUAUACCGAGAUCGAAGCCGCAUUUGCUGUGCUGAGUGAAUGUAUUAACAAUAUCAUCAACUACAACACCAUGCAACAGGAAAUUGAGGAGGCCAGUCCGAAUGGUGAGCUGGAUAUGGUCUUCAACAAGUAUUGCAAUAGGCGAUCAAAUGCCAUUGAGUGCUUCGAAACGUUUACCACCAAGCUAAUCCCUUGCCUUGACAAAGAGGAGCAAGAGAGCCAGGAUGUCAUCAAACGUAUCGUUCGAAGCCUUUUGAAUUUUGUGUGCCAUAAGGAUGGUGACCAUAUUGCUUUAUUUAUUGCCGAAAAGGGUCCCGAAUGCUUCGAAUCGAAGAAGGAUAAUAUUCAGCAGUGCAUAAAUGAUACGUUUUCAUCAUAUAUGGAUACGGCGAACUUGCACGAUAAUAAAAUAAAAUCAAUACCCAAGUUGGUUGUGGGACAAAAGCAAUGCGACGAUAUUCACAACCUUGAGUCAUGCAUAGUACGACAUCUGGAGGGUUGUUCCGAUAUAACACCAGCUAAUCUUGUGGAAUCAAUGUUCAAUUUCAUACGAAAUGAAACUCUGUGCCGUAAUUUUGAGAAAUCUCCUCUAACUGCUGCUCCUGGUAGCAGCGCCACUCGAAUUAAUAUAUUGCAAGAAUGGGCAAUGUAUUUGAUAAUGAUAUUAUUUUUCUUUAAAUAUUUAUUACAUUAAGCUUAUACGUAGAUUGUGUGUGUGUGUGUUGGUCACGCUCGAAGAAUGAGAACAAGUAUUCCAAAUCUCACGAUAUUAUGAUGAAAAGUGAUGUUUCAUAAUUUGCAAAUUUUUAUGAUAAACAAUUUAUUAGGCAGCUACAAGGCUAAUUCAAUCAGAGGUCAAAGAUAAAGAAAGCAGCGAAUUUUUUUCGUCACUAUUUUAUAUGAACUAAAUGUAUUGAGCAAGUGAUCAGUGCUCCCUGAGGCUUCUUAACAAUUUAUUACACUACUUGUCGUAUUAAUGUAUUAAAAGUUAUCCGAUAAUGCAAUCUCUUCCGGUAUAUGGAAACAAAGAAAUCUCACAACAAGGGUUUCGGGUACGUAUGUAUGUGUGUAAAUGGAAUAUGGCUUAUAUAUAUAUAUAUCUAUUUAUACAACAUAAAAGAAAUAUCUUUAUUCUUUUAAUUUUUUUUUGUGUCUUUGGUUCUUUUUGUUUUGUAAAUCAGAAAUGCGUAUCAUAAAUGUGAAAAUAAAGGUAAAAGCAAUACGAA